AUGAAUUUAUUUAAAAUUAAAAUAUUCUCAAUUUUAAUAUUCCUUUGCUUUAAUUUAAUUUUGGGGCAAAUAAUAAAUAAAAAUGGGAAAGAUGACGAAAUUACUCAAAGAUUUCCUAAACAAAAUUUUAAUAUUAAUUUUAAACAUUAUUCGGGUUAUCUUCAAGUCUCAAAAACUAAAUUCCUCCAUUAUGUUUUCACAAAAUCACAAAAUAACCCGGACAAGGAUCCUUUGGUCUUAUGGUUAAAUGGCGGCCCUGGAUGUUCUUCACUUCUUGGUCUAUUUACCGAAUUAGGGCCUUAUUUACUUUCAGAGGAUGGUUCUAAGUUAAUUAGAAAUCCUUAUUCUUGGAACAACAAUGCUAAUGUUUUGUUUCUUGAAUCCCCUGCAGGGGUUGGAUAUUCUUAUUCAACUGAUGGAAAUCUUACUACAAAUGAUGAUGAAGUAUAUAAAUAA